AUGGCCAGUAGUCAGUUUGAUGUAACUUUCCUGAGUGUCUACCUGCAGGUGGUCUUUGCUUUGAAUCAGACUCUCUUGCAUCAGGAGAGCCUCCGAACAGGCAGUUUCCAGAUCCCCUAUACGACAGAAGACCUUAUCAAGCAUUACAACUGUGGGGACCUCAGCUCCAUCAUCUUCAACCAUGACACUUCUCAAGUCCCAAAUUUCAUUAAUGCUACACUUCCGGCCCAUGAACGCAUUACUGCCCAAGAGAUAGACAGCUACUUCCGUCAGGAGCUCAUCUACAAGAGAAAUGAGCGAAUGGGCAGGAGGGUGAAGGACCUGCUGGAAAAGUACCCAGACAAGAGUUUCUUCUUUGCAUUUGGAGCUGGUCACUUCAUGGGCAACAACACAGUGAUUGAUGUUUUGAGGAGAGAAGGGUACGAGGUAGAACACACUCCAGCUGGACAAGCCAUCAACAACAGAAAACCUUCCAUAACCCUGGUUGCCUUUUCAUCAUCAUCACCAGUACACAGCCCGUAUGUCACAUCUCAGGAGCUCCCACUGCCAUUGCAUCCCUGGAAGGAGGAGGAGAAGGAAGAGCUCCUGCCUCACCUGCUGCUUCCUGACAGCAUCGACGUGCUGGAAAAGGUAGACAGGAAGUACAAAAAGAAGAAGAAGAAGAAGCAGAAGAAGAAGCAAAGACUGAGACAGUUUAAUGACCUCUGGGUUCGCCUUGAAGAAAGUGCUACCGACCCUCCUCCCCGGAUCCGCAUCAUUAACGGCUACAUCACAGUUGAACCCCAGCCACGGGGCCACGCACAGUCUAGUCAUGCUUGUGCAGACACCAGCAGUGCUCACCAGCUUUCCCAUUCUCUCUUCCUUCCACUACUGACUUCGACUUUGCAUAUGAUAAGGCUACAUUGA